AUGGCAACCGCAAAGCUGAUCAGUAGGCUCUUUCACAACAUUCCUGGUAAAUUCCGUGUCGCGGAACUCUUCUUCGAUGUCCCUCUCAAUUAUAGUAGGCCAAACGAUGGGUCCAUCCGCCUGUUCGCGCGGAGCGUCCGUCGUCUGGUCACGUAUCCCGACCAGGAAAGAGACGAGAGGUAUAUUCCAUGGCUCGUGUAUUUGCAAGGCGGGCCUGGGUUUGGAUGUUCUCCCCCACAGGACUAUGCUUGGGUUGGGACGGUGCUCGAUAAGGGAUAUCAGAUUCUCUUCCUCGACCAACGCGGCACAGGUCUCAGCUCCACCAUCACCGCCGAAACACUCGCUCUUCAAGGCAACGUUGCCAGACAGGCAGAGUACCUCAAACAUUUCCGCGCGGACAACAUCGUCAGAGACUGUGAAGCCGUCCGCAAGUGCCUGACGGCCGACUAUCCCGAGGAAAACCAGAAAUGGAGCGUUCUCGGGCAGAGUUUCGGCGGGUUUUGCGCCGUGACCUACCUUUCGAAAUUCCCCGAGGGAUUGAGAGAAGUGUUUACGACCGGUGGACUUCCACCACUGGUGAAUGGGCCGGAACCAGUAUAUAAACGGACCUACGAAAAGGUCGCGCAACGGAACGAGGCAUAUUACAGGAAAUACCCCGAAGAUGCGGACAGAGUCAAGAGGAUCUACAAAUAUCUGAGUGAGAACAAGGUUGCUUUACCAUCGGGCACCCUCACGCCAGCGCGCUUCCAGCAGCUGGGCAUCAUGUUCGGCGCUCAUGAUAUCGUCCUCCGCGCUACCAAUGAUCUUGACCUCUUCGGCUUCCUGACUCAUCCAACCUUGUCUAUCAUCGACAGCCACGGAGGUUUCGACAAUAACGUCAUCUACGCCAUUCUGCACGAAGUGAUCUAUUGCCAGGGACAAGCGUCAUUAUGGGCUGCUGACAGGCUGCGUGCGACUGACUCGCGCUUCCAAAUUGACAGCAAUGAGCCCCAGAUUUACUUCACUGGCGAGAUGAUAUUCAGGGAUAUGUUCGAGUCGUACCACGAACUCAGCCAGCUCAGGUUAGUGGCCGACAUCAUCGCAUCUUAUGACGAUUGGCCUGCUCUGUAUGAUGAAGAACAGCUGGCAAGGAACGAGGUCCCCGUAUAUUCGGCCACGUAUGUGGACGACAUGUACGUCCAUUUCGAUCUGGCGACUGCCACAGCCACCAAGAUCAAGGGUCUCAAGCAGUUCAUCACGAACGCGAUGUAUCAUGAUGCGUUGCGCACCAAGACUGACGAGCUGAUCCGUCAGCUGUUUGCCCUCAAGGAAGACUCGAUCGAUUAG